AUGUCCGGAGAGGUGCGCCUGCGGCAGCUGGAGCAGUUCAUCCUGGACGGGCCGGCGCGCACCCACGGGCAGUGCUUCAGCGUGGAGACCCUGCUGGACAUCCUCAUCUGCCUCUACGACGAGUGCAAUAACUCCCCGCUGAGGAGAGAGAAGAACAUUCUGGAAUACCUAGAAUGGGCUAAACCAUUUACUUCUAAAGUGAAACAGAUGCGAUUACAUAGAGAAGACUUUGAAAUAUUAAAGGUGAUCGGUCGAGGAGCUUUUGGAGAGGUUGCUGUAGUGAAACUAAAACAUGCAGAUAAGGUAUUUGCCAUGAAAAUACUGAAUAAAUGGGAAAUGCUGAAAAGAGCAGAGACGGCAUGUUUCCGUGAAGAAAGGGACGUGUUAGUGAACGGAGACAAUAAAUGGAUUACAACUUUGCAUUAUGCCUUCCAGGAUGACAACAACCUGUAUCUAGUUAUGGAUUAUUAUGUUGGUGGAGACUUGCUUACUCUGCUCAGCAAAUUUGAAGAUAGAUUGCCUGAAGACAUGGCUCGAUUUUACUUGGCUGAGAUGGUGAUAGCAAUCGACUCAGUUCAUCAGCUGCACUAUGUACACAGAGACAUCAAACCUGAUAAUAUAUUGAUGGAUAUGAAUGGACAUAUUCGGUUAGCAGAUUUUGGCUCUUGUCUGAAACUGAUGGAAGAUGGAACGGUGCAGUCCUCCGUGGCUGUGGGCACUCCAGACUACAUCUCUCCCGAAAUCCUCCAAGCCAUGGAAGAUGGGAAAGGCAGAUACGGCCCCGAGUGUGACUGGUGGUCGCUGGGAGUCUGUAUGUACGAGAUGCUUUAUGGAGAAACACCGUUCUACGCAGAAUCUCUGGUGGAGACAUACGGAAAAAUCAUGAAUCACAAAGAGCGGUUUCAGUUUCCGCCUCAGCUGACAGAUGUGUCUGAGAACGCCAAGGAUCUCAUUCGAAGGCUCAUUUGUAGCAGAGAACACCGACUCGGUCAAAAUGGAAUAGAAGACUUUAAGAAACACCCGUUUUUCAGCGGCAUCGAUUGGGACAACAUUCAGAACUGCGAAGCGCCUUACAUUCCAGAAGUCAGCAGCCCCACAGACACAUCGAACUUCGACGUGGACGAUGACUGUUUGAAGAAUUCUGAAACGAUGCCCCCACCAACACACACUGCGUUUUCUGGCCACCAUCUGCCAUUUGUCGGUUUUACCUAUACUAGUAGCUGUGUUCUCUCCGAUCGGAGCUGUCUGAGGGUCACAGCUGCUCCCGCCUCCCUGGACGUGGACGCCAACGUCCAGAGGACGCUGGACAACAACCUGGCCACCGAGGCUUACGAGAGGAGAAUCAAACGCCUCGAACAGGAAAAGCUGGAACUGAGUAGAAAGCUUCAAGAGUCAACACAGACUGUGCAAGCUCUGCAGCAUUCAACUGUUGAUGGUCCACUAACAGCAAGCAAAGAUUUAGAAAUAAAAAGUUUAAAAGAAGAAAUUGAAAAACUAAGGAAACAAGUAAGAGAAUCAAGUCACUUGGAACAACAACUUGAAGAAGCUAAUUCAGUGAGGCGAGAACUAGACGAAGCUUUUAGACAAAUCAAGGCUUAUGAGAAACAAGUCAAAACAUUACAGCAAGAAAGAGAAGACUUAAAUAAGGAACUAGUCCAGGCUAGUGAGCGAUUAAAAAACCAGUCCAAAGAGCUGAAAGACGCACACUGCCAGCGGAAACUGGCCAUGCAGGAGUUCAUGGAGAUCAAUGAGCGGCUCACAGAAUUGCACACCCAAAAGCAGAAACUUGCUCGCCACGUCCGAGAUAAGGAAGAAGAGGUGGACCUGGUGAUGCAAAAAGUUGAAAGCUUAAGGCAAGAACUGCGCAGAACAGAGAGAGCCAAGAAAGAGCUGGAAGUUCACACAGAAGCUGUAGCUGCCGAAGCAUCUAAGGACAGGAAGCUGCGUGAACAGAGCGAGCACUACUCCAAGCAGCUGGAAAACGAGCUGGAGGGCCUGAAGCAAAAACAGAUUAGUUACUCACCAGGAGUGUAUAGCAUAGAACAUCAGCAAGAGAUAACUAAACUAAAGACAGAUUUGGAAAAGAAAAGUAUCUUUUAUGAAGAAGAAUUAUCCAAAAGAGAAGGAAUACAUGCAAAUGAAAUUAAAAAUCUAAAGAAAGAACUGCAUGACUCAGAAGGCCAGCAACUUGCUCUGAACAAAGAAAUUAUGAUUUUGAAAGACAAAUUGGAAAAAAACAGGAGAGAAAGUCAAAGUGAAAGGGAAGAAUUUGAAAAUGAGUUCAAACAACAGUAUGAACGAGAAAAAGUGUUAUUAACUGAAGAAAAUAAAAAACUGACAAGUGAACUUGAUAAGCUUAUGGCUCUGUAUGAGAGCCUCAGUGUACGCAACCGGCAGCUGGAAGAAGAAGUGAAAGACCUAGCAGACAAGAAAGAAUCCGUUGCACAUUGGGAAGCCCAGAUCACAGAAAUCAUUCAGUGGGUCAGCGACGAAAAGGAUGCACGAGGAUACCUUCAGGCCUUGGCUUCCAAAAUGACGGAAGAGCUGGAAGCUUUAAGGAAUUCCAGCCUGGGGGCACGAGCAACAGAUAUGCCCUGGAAAAUGCGGCGUUUUGCGAAACUGGAUAUGUCAGCUAGACUGGAGCUGCAGUCAGCUCUGGAUGCAGAAAUAAGAGCCAAACAGGCCAUCCAAGAAGAGCUGAAUAAGGUUAAAGCAUCGAACAUCAUAACAGAAUGUAAACUAAAAGAUGCGGAGAAGAAGAACUUGGAACUGCUAUCAGAAAUCGAACAGCUGAUCAAGGACACCGAAGAGCUUAGAUCCGAAAAGGGGGUAGAGCACCGAGACUCACAGCACUCUUUCUUGGCAUUUUUGAAUACGCCUACCGAUGCUCUGGAUCACUUUGAAACUGUAGACAGUUCUCCACUUCCAGUUCACACACCAACCUUAAAGAAAAAGGCAUGCUCUGGUUCAACUGGCUUUCCAGCUAAGCGCAAGACUCACCAGUUUUUUGUCAAAUCGUUUACGACUCCCACCAAGUGUCACCAGUGCACCUCGGUGAUGGUGGGGCUGAUCCGACAGGGCUGCUCCUGUGAAGCGUGUGGAUUCUCGUGUCAUAUAACGUGUGUAAACAAAGCUCCCACCACGUGCCCAGUUCCUCCUGAGCAGACCAAAGGGCCCCUGGGCAUGGACCCUCAGAAAGGAACCGGAACAGCCUAUGAAGGUCACGUCAGGAUCCCGAAGCCGGCUGGAGUGAAGAAAGGAUGGCAGAGAGCGUUAGCUGUGGUUUGUGACUUCAAGCUCUUCCUGUACGACAUUGCCGAAGGGAAGGCAUCGCAGCCCAGCGUGGUAGUCAGUCAAGUGAUUGACAUGAGGGACGAAGAGUUUUCUGUGAGUUCCGUCUUGGCUUCUGAUGUCAUUCAUGCAAGUCGGAAAGAUAUACCCUGUAUAUUUAGAGUCACAACGUCCCAGCUCUCGGCUCCCAAUAACAAAUGUUCCAUCCUGAUGCUGGCCGACAGCGAGAACGAGAAGAGCAAGUGGGUGGGCGUGCUGAGUGAGUUGCAGAAGAUCCUGAAGAAAAACAAGUUCAGAGACCGCUCUGUCUAUGUCCCCAAAGAGGCUUAUGACAGCACUCUGCCCCUCAUCAAGACCACGCAGGCCGCUGCGAUCAUAGAUCAUGAAAGGAUAGCUUUGGGAAAUGAAGAAGGUUUAUUUGUUGUGCAUGUCACCAAAGACGAAAUUGUUCGGGUUGGUGACAACAAGAAGGUCCAUCAGGUUGAACUCAUUCCAAACGAUCAGCUUGUUGCUGUGAUCUCAGGACGGAAUCGACACGUACGCCUUUUCCCCAUGUCAGCUUUGGACGGACGAGAGACCGAGUUCUAUAAGCUGGCGGAAACCAAAGGCUGCCAGACCAUAACGUCUGGGAGGUUGCGUCACGGCACCCUCACGUGCCUGUGUGUGGCCAUGAAAAGGCAGGUCCUCUGCUAUGAACUGUUUCAGAGCAAGACCCGUCACAGGAAAUUUAAGGAAAUUCAAGUCCCGUCGAAUGUCCAGUGGAUGGCAGUCUUCAGUGAGCACCUCUGUGUGGGAUUCCAGUCGGGAUUUCAAAGGUACCCCUUGAGUGGAGACGGAAGCCCGUGCAGCCUGCUCCACUCGAGUGACCACACCCUGUCCUUCAUCACGCACCAGCCCCUGGACGCCCUCUGCGCCGUGGAGAUCUCCAGCAAGGAGCACCUGCUGUGUUUUAGCAGCAUCGGCGUCUACACCGACUGCCAGGGCCGCCGCUCUCGGCAGCAGGAGCUGACCUGGCCUGCUCACCCCUCCGCUUGUUGCUACAAUGCCCCCUACCUGUCCGUGUACAGUGAAAACGCGGUUGACAUCUUCGAUGUGAACUCCAUGGAGUGGAUUCAGACUCUCCCACUCAGAAAGGUUCGACCCUUAAACAGUGAAGGAUCAUUAAAUCUUUUAGGCUUGGAGACGAUUAGAUUAAUUUAUUUCAAAAAUAAGAUGGCAGAAGGGGAUGAGCUGGUAGUUCCUGAAACCACAGAUAACAGUCGAAAGCAGAUGGUUAGGAAUAUUAACAACAAGCGGCGAUACUCCUUCCGGGUGCCAGAGGAGGAGAGGAUGCAGCAGAGGAGAGAGAUGCUACGAGAUCCUGAAAUGAGAAAUAAAUUAAUUUCUAACCCAACUAAUUUUAACCACAUAGCACACAUGGGUCCAGGAGAUGGAAUACAGAUCCUAAAAGACCUGCCCGUGAACCCGCGGCCUCAGGAGAGCCGGACGGUGUUCAGCGGCUCCGUCAGCAUCCCCUCCAUGAGCAAGGCCCGCCCCGAGCCCGGCCGCUCCAUGAGCGCCAGCAGCGGCCUGUCGGCAAGGUCCUCCGCCCAGAACGGCAGCGCGCUCCGGAGGGAGUUCCCGGGGGGCAGCCACGGCGCCCAGCGGCAGCCCCUGCCGUCCCCGUCCGAGGGCUCCCUGUCCUCGGGGGGCAUGGACCAAGGCAGCGACGCCCCGGCCCGCGACUACGACGGGGAGGACUCGGACUCGCCGCGGCACUCCACGGCCUCCAACAGCUCCAACCUGAGCAGCCCGCCCAGCCCCGCGUCCCCACGCAAGACCCAGAGCCUCUCCAUGGAGAGCGCCGACCGCGGCGCCUGGGACCCGUGA